AUGGAAGCCUCUAAUGGGCAGGCGGACGAAAGGGAGGAGCCUCUAGAGCAGGGGCCGAAUGCACCCAGCUUAGAGAAGAGCUCCAAUACCGCCCCAGCCAAAGACUCCCUUGUGCGCCAUGCCAAGGGCCUUGACCGGGACACCUUCAAAAUUUGUAAAGAAUAUCUAAGGCCACUGAAGAAGUUCCUGCGAAAGCUGCACCUGCCAAAGGACCUUCCGCAGAAGAAAAAACUGAAGUACAUGAAGCAGAGCCUGGUGAUCCUAGGGGACCACAUCAACACCUUUCUGCAGCACUACUGCCGAGCCUGGGAAAUCAAGCACUGGAAGAAGAUGCUCUGGCGGUUUGUCUCCCUCUUCUCAGAGCUGGAGGCGAAGCAGCUUCGCAAACUCUACAAGUAUACCAAGAACAACCAGACCGCCAAGUUCCUGGUGGCCUUCUGCCCCUUGGAUGCCCCGGAGAGCUCCUUGCUGGCUGACCAGGAGGACAGUCUGCCCAAGCUCUGCACUGCCUGGGGGCUCCGCAGCCAUCUCAGUGGCAUGAAGGAGAGGCUGUCCAAGCUGCAGGCCCCGGGCCACCCGGCCUGCCUGCUGAAGGAGCUGAGAGCCAGGGGCCCCCGCAGGAGAGGUUCUAAGCUUCCUCAAGAGCCGAAACUCAAGAGAAGGAGGAUUAAGGAAGCCCCAGACACUCCAGAGACCUGUCCUUAGAAGACCCAGCUGGGGCUGAGGACCAGCUUGCCCUGGAUCCUAGAGCACUUGCCCUUGAGGGGAGGGGGAUAUGAGGGACCAGUGAGGGGAAAGAAGAAGCUGUCUUUAUCAAAAGGAUGCUCAGUCUUAAUUGUGCAUAAAUGGGACAAGGAAAUAAACAUCCUUUAGAUAGUUCAA